AUGCCCAACCUCUUAGGGCAUAUAAACCAGAAGGACGCUGCUAUACAGGUGCACGAGUUUCUGCCUCUCGUCGAACUCGGAUGCUCGAAACUUCUUCGUUUCUUCCUCUGCUCUUUCUAUGCCCCGAUGUGCACUGAAAUGGUGAAUGCCGCCCUUGUUGUGUCGGCAUGUCGGUCCAUGUGCCUUGAGGUGAAAUCGAAAUGCGAACCCGUGCUUAAGAACCUGAUGUUUUCGUGGCCGGUGGCGCUGGAUUGCCAGCAGCUGCCGGAGAACUCGAACAAAAAGCACUUGUGCAUGGAAGCCCCCAACGUGACAGACGACCCAGACCUUCAACCGGAGACUGUCAAUGCCGAAUGGUGGAGCAUCGUGCAGUCAUUUAAGGAGAAAACAACUGAGUCUACGGGCAAAAAAUUACGGUUCGGCCCUUACGGGCUAGGUCGGGAACCAGGAUCCUCAAUCCAUUCCCCUUGUCCGGAUCGUUUUGUUUACGUCGAUAAACUCGGGGGUCGCAACUAUUCGUGUGCACCCCGUUGUAACAUUGAUGUUUACUUCAAACAAGAGGAUAAACGCUUCGCCGAGAUUUGGCUACUUGUGUGGGCUGCUUUCUGUUGCAUUUCGACAACUAUCACCGUCCUGACAUUCGCGAUCGACACUUCACGUUUCAAAUACCCGGAAAGGCCGAUAAUCUUCUUAUCCAUGUGCUACGCAAUCUAUUCGGGUGCUUACAUGAUACGGGGUAUCACCGGCCCUAACUCUAUAUCGUGUGACAGGUUACGGGACGGUACGGAAUUUCUCAUCCAAGAAGGCCUGGAAAGCACGUGGUGCAUUGUUGUUUUCUUGAUACUAUAUUACUUUGGGAUGGCAAGCGCCAUCUGGUGGGUCAUCCUAACCCUGACAUGGUUCCUGGCGGCCGGGCGAAAGUGGGUCCAGGAGGCGAUAGAAGCUCUUAGUAGUUAUUUUCAUGUGGCUGCUUGGGCUAUCCCUGCGGUGAAGACCAUCGUCAUUCUAACUAUGCGACGUGUAGAUGGUGAUGAGUUAACCGGCCUCUGUUUUGUCGGCAACCAGGACGUGGUCGCCCUAACUGGAUUUGUACUCGCGCCUUUAAUAACCUAUCUCCUCACCGGCACUCUUUUUAUAUUUGCCGGGUUUUUUGCCAUGUUUAAGAUACGUCGGAACUUGAAACAGGACGGUACCAACAUUCGCAAGCUGGAAAAACUUAUGGCAAAAAUCGGUAUCUUUUCCGUAUUGUACACGGUGCCGGCCACUUGUGUAAUUGGAUGUUACCUUUACGAACGUCUCAACUUUGAUAACUGGAAAACAGAGGCGAUGCGUCGUCGGUGUCGGACAAGUCGAAAUGGUGCGAAGGACUGCGCCCUAUCGCAUUCCAUACCGACCGUGGAGGUCUACAUGCUCAAGAUUUUUAUGUCUCUCAUUGUCGGAAUUACCAGCGGCAUGUGGAUUUGGAGUUAUAAGACAAUUAACUCUUGGAAGAAUUUUUUUCACAGUCGCUUUUCACGGCGGAAACACAGCUACCACGGAAAUUACCAACAGGCUCCUGUGUCCCUCAUGAAAAUUCAAGGGCAAAAGGUGGUUCCUAAAAACAUAUUAAGUACUUUGGAAGGAGGGACGUGGCGAGAACCCCUCAAAAAAAGCUGCCAGUUAUCUAUCUAUCUAUCUAUCUAUCUAUCUAUCUAUCUGUGCGUGUGUUUGUUCAACGCAGAAACCAGCUCCACAUAUAUUGGACGGUCAUGA